GAAAAGAACCACGAGAAUACCCACCAGAAAAUUGGAAACCAAAGAAAGAAUUCUAUUUACACAUAGCAUGUAAAAUACAAGUAGCAACAGCAGAAGACCUGUCGAAACCAGGGAACUUACGAGAAGACUUUAAAAAAGAAACAAAAUAUAAGAAGGAGAAAAUAAAAAACACAGAACAUUGGUAUGCAUCAGGACAAGACUUGGAAACAUUAAAAGCAGAAAUAAAUAAUAACGAACGAAUAAUACGACUAAUACAUGAAAACGGGAUACCCGAACACGUAAAUAUCGGAGAUGGAACAGACCGACAUGAAACAUUACAAAAAUCAAAAUACCGAGAAAUAAUAAUGGAUAUAUUAAAAAACACACGGGUACCAGUAAUACUGGAAACACCUAGGAACAAGAAUGGGAACAAGAAAUAA